GCUCUUCGAGGGGCAACUCUCCACGGAAUCUACAGGGGCCCCCGACAGCAUUGAGGACAUGCGCGUUGGAGUCAGGACUCGACGUCCUGGACGCAUCGAGUUCCCGUCAAUAACGGACAACGAGUUCUUUGAUCUGGUAGAUCAGAUAAAGAAUGCUUGCGCAGACGGACGUUGGAAAUUGGUGUUCGAGCUGCUCGAGCUCUUGUGUGCGAGAAGAUGCAAUGAAGAGGCUAUGGAGAUGAAAGCACAGGUCCAACUGCAGCUGGGAGAGAACUUUGAAGCUGUCAAGAACUGUGAACGAGCGAUAAAAAUCAAUCCUCUCUGGUGGGAGGGCCAUCGUACUCACGGCAGGUGUCUGCUGGCUUUCGGGGAGAUCGAACUUGCCGUAAAAGCCUUCGAGAGGGCGAUUCGUAUCAACCCGGCCGAUGAAUCCCUCCGUGAGGAAUUCCGCAUCGCUCUCGAAGAUCCCCGUGAAAAUAACGAGACCAUCAGAACUGGAAAACCUUUCUGGAGCUAGCCGCUUAAGCCCCUGAGGGAAGGGCAGCAUUCAGGUUGCGACCGAUCUCCCGACGAUGCUGAAAUGUUUAACCCUGGCAGAAGACAUGAAUGUGUAUAGAGUUUCUGAUGAAUAAUAUCUGUUGUA